AUGUUGACGACCAAGAUUGUGGUCGUCACCCAGCGAGACGAAUGGGAAGGACAUUAUCGUUUGUAUGAAGCCCUGUUGAGUGGUGCCAUGGUCAUGAGCGAUCAAAUGCUCAUCUUGUCUCGAUUGGGGUUAUUGGAAAAUGGGACAUCGGUGAUUGAAUUCGACAGUGAAACAAGUCUGAUAUCCUUGGCCCAAUAUUAUUUGGACCACAACAGUGAGCGUCAAGCCAUUGCAGCCAGAGGAAGACAGAUUGCCAUGUCGCGGCAUCGAUCCUCCUGCAAUAUAUGGAAUAUGUUGUUUUUCCUCAUAUCAGAAUAUAUUCAAAUAUUUUAA